AUGACUGCCGUCAAGCUUCCCGAGCCGUUCGCGAGCAUCCCGCGUGAGGUGCUCACGUUCGGCCCCUCCCCGAUACAACACCUUCCCCGCAUCUCACGGGCUCUCGGCGGCAAGGUGAACGUCUACGCCAAAAGGGAGGACUGCAACUCGGGCCUCGCAUACGGCGGCAAUAAGACGCGCAAACUCGAGUACCUCCUCCCGGACGCCCUCGCCCAAAACUGCGACACGCUCGUCAGCAUCGGCGGCGUGCAGUCCAACCACACGCGCCAGGUCGCGGCGGCGGCGGCCAAGCUCGGCCUCCACGUCGCCCUCGUCCAGGAACACUGGGUCGACUGGACCGACCCGGGCUACGAGAAGGUUGGCAACAUCCAGCUGUCGCGGCUGAUGGGCGCCGACGUGAGGUUGGACCCGUCGGAGUUCGGAAUCGAGCACAAGCCCACGCUGGCCCAGCUCAAGGAUGAGCUGGCGGCCGCCGGCCGAAAGCCGUAUUACAUCCCCGCUGGCGCGUCAGAUCAUCCGCUUGGUGGGCUGGGGUUUGCGAGAUGGGCUUUUGAGGUUGAGGCGCAGGAAAAGGAGAUGGGCGUCUUCUUUGAUACGGUUAUUGUGUGUGCUGUGACCGGGUCGACCAUGGCGGGCAUGGUGGCCGGGUUCAAGCUGAUUGAGAAAAUGGGCGGGCGGACGAGGAGGGUUGUGGGAAUUGAUGCGUCGGCUAAGGUGCGGCAGACGUUUGAGCAGGUGCUGAGGAUUGCGAGGCAGACGGCGGCGAAGAUUGGGUUGAGCGAGGAGGAUGUCACUGAGGAGGAUGUUGUGCUCGAUGAUCGGUACCAUGCGGGAACGUAUGGGAUCCCGGAUGAGCAGACGAUCGAGGCCAUCAAGUUUGGCGCGAGGACCGAGGCGUUUAUCACGGACCCUGUGUAUGAGGGGAAGAGCCUCGCGGGCAUGAUGGAUUUGAUCAAGAAAGGGGAGAUUCCGGAUGGGAGCAAUGUGCUGUAUGCGCAUCUUGGCGGGCAGCUGGCGUUGAAUGCUUACUCGACCCUGGAGUAG